CUUUCCUUCACAAUUCUUCGUUUCUUCUCUCUCUCCCCAUUUAUUUCAUGAAAUAAAAAAAUACUAUUAUUAAAAAAUUGCAUUAAAGCAAACUAUUUUGCGCUAUAAAACUAUAAAUUAUCCUCUUUUAGCUCUUUUCCGGUUUUCUAAGCCAUUCCUUUUCCUUUCUCUCUCCUCUACUGUUCCUAUCUCUCUUCCUCCCUCUUCCCUCCACCGGUAAACCUCCUCACCUCGCCGGUAAACCGCUAUUCUCUCCGGCGAAACUGCCUCCGUUUCUCACCGGAAAACAGCUUAUUUUAUUGACAUGAGAUUCCGUGAUUUGUUUUAAUUCCAUUCCUCUGUGUCUGUUGGAAAACGAUUCGGAUCUCUGAUUUGACGCGGUUCGUUCGUGUUUUGCGAGUUUUGGGAGAAUGUGGGCUAUUUGGUUCUCCGUUAUGAAUUUUUGAUGGAGAAAAUCAUGAUCUAGGGUUUGUAUUUUGGAUUUCUGGACUCAGUUUGUAGCUAAAACUUCACGAAAAACGGAGGCAAAUAGAGCGCGACUACGGAAUGAAAUGGUGGAAGGGAGGGUCUGUUUGUCCAAACAGGCUAGAAAUGGGUUAGAAUUUCUGAAGCGUAAAAGGCUUCAGCGAAUGAAAUCAGACACUGCUACUGAGACUGUAAGUGUCACCAGCAUGAUGAGUAGAAGUGGAGGAGAUGCUUUAAGGGUUUCAGCAUCGUGCGGUGUUAGGUUACACGGUAAUGUGGAAUCUUUUGCUCCAUCAAACAGUGCUUCAAGCGGGACAGCUGCCUUUCCAAAGCGGAAGGUUGAUAAAUUUGACACAAGUGAUCUAGAAUGGACAGAGAAAAUCCCAGUAUGCCCUGUAUACCAUCCAACAAAGGAGGAGUUUGAGGAUCCUUUGGUGUAUUUACAGAAAAUAGCUCCUGAAGCUUCAAAAUAUGGUAUAUGCAAGAUUGUUUCCCCUUUAAGUGCUUCUGUUCCUGCUGGGGUUGUACUCAUGAGGGAGAAAGCAGGAUUCAAGUUCACAACUAGAGUGCAACCUCUUCGUCUUGCAGAGUGGGAUACUGAUGAUAGAGUUACCUUUUUUAUGAGUGGAAGAAAUUACACCUUUCGUGAUUUCGAGAAAUUGGCGAACAAGGUUUAUGCUCGCAGGUACUGUAGUACCAGUUGUCUUCCUGCAACAUACUUGGAAAAAGAAUUUUGGCAUGAAAUUGCUUGUGGAAAGACAGAAACAGUUGAAUAUGCAUGUGAUGUUGACGGUAGUGCCUUUUCAUCAUCUCCCACUGAUCUGCUUGGAAAUAGCAAAUGGAAUUUAAAGAAUGUUUCACGGCUGCCCAAGUCCAUUUUACGUCUUCUGGAAACAGCUAUUCCGGGAGUAACAGAUCCCAUGCUUUACAUUGGAAUGUUAUUUAGCAUGUUUGCUUGGCAUGUGGAAGACCAUUAUUUAUAUAGUAUUAAUUACCAUCACUGUGGGGCAUCAAAAACUUGGUACGGAAUUCCUGGCCAUGCAGCUUUAGAAUUUGAAAAGGUGGUUAGGGAACAUGUUUACAGCCAUGAUAUUCUAUCAACUGAGGGGGAGGAUGGAGCUUUUGAUGUACUUUUGGGGAAAACCACAUUGUUUCCUCCAAAUAUAUUGUUGGAACAUGGUGUCCCUGUCUUCAAGGCUGUGCAAAAGCCUGGGGAGUUUGUUAUCACCUUUCCUAGAGCUUAUCACGCUGGAUUUAGCCAUGGUUUUAAUUGUGGUGAAGCUGUAAAUUUUGCAAUUGGAGAUUGGUUUCCAAUGGGAGCUAUUGCUAGUCGGCGUUAUGCCAUUCUGAACAGGAUGCCUCUUCUUCCCCAUGAAGAACUUUUGUGCAAAGAAGCAAUGAAUCUCCAUUCGAGCCUGGAAAUUGAAGAUUCAGAUUAUUCCUCUGCUGAUUUGGUUUCUCAUCGCUGUAUUAAGGUUUCUUUUGUCAAACUGAUGCGUUUCCAGCAUUAUGCUCGAUGGUCUCUUAUGAAAUCAGGGGCAUGCACUAGCCUUUUGCGAAAUACCCAAGGAACUAUUCUAUGCAGCUUGUGCAAACGGGACUGCUAUUUAGCUUUCCUUAAUUGCAAUUGUGACUUGCAUGCCGUGUGCCUUCGUCAUGAUUUUAAGUCACUUGACUUUCCAUGUGGAAGAAAUCAUACCUUAUUUUUGAGGGAGGAUAUUUCAGCAAUGGAAGCUGCGGCCAAGAGGUUUGAGAAGGAAGAUGGAAUACGGGAGGAGAUUCAACAGCAUGCAAGAAGUGGGGAUGAUUUGUAUUCCUAUCCAUUAUCAAAUAAGUUUCUGGGUGUUUUAGAGGAUGGAUACUCUCCUUAUUGUGAAAUAAACUUUCGUUUUAACCUCAAGGCUUCUGCAACAAUUCAGGAUGGGUCACAAGCCCCUAGUCAGUCUAAAUUCAUACAUGGCAUUGAAAAUUUUAGACCUGAAGUCUCAGAAACAUCUGUUUCUUGUUCUGCAUCUGCUCUCUAUUCUUCUGGUGAGGUGAUUCAAAGCUCUUCAGCAGCCAACAGUAAGGUAAGCAGGUGCGCUGACUUUAACAUAGGGAAUCUUGAUUGUAAAAAGUUAUUUGAAGAAGUAUCACAAAACGUGCAUGAGUCCUCUCUAUCCUCUUUUUCUCACGAUGAAUGCCGGAGUACCCAGCAUGGUGUUCGUUAUGGAUCAGAGGCUAGACCUAGUGUAGAUAAUCAUAGUGAUGAUUCUGAUUUGGAGAUAUUUAGGGUUAAGCGACGCUCUUCUCUCAAAGUGGAAAAAAGAGUUGUGACUGAUAAUGGGUCUUCGAAGAAUUGCGAAUACCAGGGGCUGAAACGAUUGAAAAAACUUCAAUUUGAAGGAAGAAUUGCCCAAACGAUGUCAUCAGAAUACAGCCAAACUGAUGAUGAAUCGAAUCACAAUUAUACACCGACUGUGCAUUGUAAGGAGACUCCAGAGAAUGGAUCAAGGGACAGGUUUGCCAGGGGAAGUGGCAUUCCCAUCUCUAUUAAGUUCAAGAAGUGGGUCAAUGAUGAAGCAAUGAGCAGACAGCCAGAACACCACAGAGUAGACAGGUUCCACCAUGAGUUGGGAAAGACCAUGAGGGAACCGCCCCCGAUAGAGAUUGGGCCAAAGCGUCUUAAAGUCAGAGGCCCGUUUUUAGGGCGGGAGAGCAGGUUAGGUUGACUUUUGGAUUCACACGACUGAUGAGGAAACUGGUUGGCCUGCCUCUGGAGCAUGAUCUAGAGCCUGGCUUUGCUAACUUUAUUUUCUCUAAUGGGGUUCUAACAACACGGAAAUUCCAAAAGAUUAAUUGUGGGAGCAGCGGAAAAAUUAACCAACUUUAGGAAAUUUUUAUUCUUUUGUGCAGGCCUCGAAUUGGGGCGCUUUGCACCAAUGGUGAUUCUUGUGGGUUCUCAGGCCGGGAUCUUUUUCCGUCCUUGGCUGGAGAACCUCCCUGCAAGCUGAAAGUAGAAUAUGGUUAGUAACUCUGUAAAUUUGUUUCUAUCAGUGAAAUUAAUUCUUGAGGAAAGGUGGGUAUUCCCACUGUAACUCCAUUUGAGGUCAUUCUGCUGCUUCCUCUUAGGUUCUUUAUUCUUUUUGUAGCAAUGGACUACUUGAAUAAAUGCAGAGAAAUGCCUUUUUUCUCUUUCAUAUCUA